UGAGGCAUGGCAAAGUACUUGGCACAGAUCCUGGUGAUGGGAGCGCAGGUUGUAGGGCGGGCAUUCACAAAGGCUCUACGCGCGGAGUUUGUAGCAAGCAGGGCAGCAGCUGAGGCAAGAGGAGGGCGGGCAGGAAAGGAGUCCGCUGCAGCCAGCAGCCUAUCGGAAAUAAGUUUGCAAGAAGCCCAGCAAAUUCUAAAUCUCUCUAAACUGGAGCCUGAGGAGAUUCAGAAGAAUUACGACCACCUAUUUAAAGCCAAUGACAGAGCUGCAGGAGGAUCCUUCUACCUGCAGUCCAAGGUUGUGCGAGCCAAGGAGCGACUAGACCAGGAGUUGGCGAUCCAAAAUAAAACAAAUAAACAUGAAGAAGAGGCCAAGACCACGUGAGGCCCAGCCCAUGCAUCAGCCUUCACUUGGCU